UUCAUCCAGAAGUCUUCACACAGGUGUCAGACCGGUGGGAACUGCCACAAGUGGACAUGAUGGCGUCCCGUCUAAACAAAAAGUUACAGCGGUAUUGCGCCAGGUCAAGGGACCCUCAGGCGAUAGCUGUGGACGCACUAGUGACACCGUUUGUGUUCCAGUCGGUUUAUGUGUUUCCCCCUCUUCCUCUCAUACCCAAGGUACAGAGAAUCAUAAGAAGAAGAGGAGUGAGAACAAUUCUCAUUGUUCCGGAUUGGCCAAGAAGAGUUUGGUAUCCGGAUCUGCAAGAAAUGCUCACAGAGGACCCAUGUUCUCUGCCCUUAAGACAGGAUCUGUUACAACAGGGGCCCUGUCUGUUCCAAGACUUACCGUGGCUGCGUUUGACGGCAUGGCGGUUGAACGCCGGAUCCUAGCAGAAAAGGGGAUUCCGGAUGAGGUUAUUCCUACGCUUAUAAAGGCUCGGAAGGUUGUAACGUCUAAGCAUUAUCACCGUAUAUGGCGAAAAUAUGUUGCUUGGUGUGAAGCCCGGAGGGCUCCUACAGAGGAAUUCCAGCUGGGCCGGUUCCUUCAUUUCCUACAAUCCGGAGUGUCUUUGGGCCUAAAAUUGGGAUCCAUUAAGGUCCAGAUUUCGGCCCUAUCCAUUUUCUUUCAAAAAGAACUGGCAGCUCUUCCUGAAGUUCAGACCUUUGUGAAGGGAGUGCUGCAUAUACAGCCCCCGUUUGUGCCUCCAGUGGCACCUUGGGAUCUUAACGUGGUGUUGGGUUUCCUAAAAUCACACUGGUUUGAACCACUAAAAACUGUGGAGUUAAAAUAUCUCACGUGGAAGGUGGUUAUGCUGCUGGCUCUGGCCUCAGCCAGGCAUGUGUCGGAAUUGGCGGCUUUGUCACAUAAAAGCCCCUAUCUGGUUUUUCAUAUGGACAGGGCAGAAUUGCGGACCCGUCCACAAUUUCUGCCCAAGGUGGUGUCAUCAUUUCAUAUGAACCAACCUAUUGUGGUGCCUGUGGCUACAGGGGACUUGGAGGAUUCCGAGUUACUAGAUGUAGUGCGGGCUUUGAAGAUUUAUGUGACCAGAACGGCCAAGGUCAGGAAAAUGGAGUCGCUGUUUAUCCUGUAUGCAUCCAAUAAGUUGGGUGCUCCUGCUUCAAAGCAGACUAUUGCUCGCUGGAUCUGUAACACGAUUCAGCAGGCUCAUUCUGCGGCUGGAUUGCCGCCUCCGAAAUCAGUAAAGGCCCAUUCCACAAGUAAGGUGGGCUUCUUCUUGGGCGGCUGCCCGAGGGGUCUUGGCAUUACAACUUUACCGAGCAGCUACUUGGUCGGGAUCAAACACAUUUGCAAAGUUCUACAGGUUUGAUACCCUAGCUGAGGAGGACCUUGAGUUUGCUCAUUCGGUGCUGCAGAGUCAUCCGCACUCUCCCGCCCGUUUGGGUGCUUUGGUAUAAUCCACAUGGUCCUUACGGAGUCCCCAGCAUCCACUUAGAACAUUAGAGAAAAUAAGAAUCUAUUUCUCGUAGUCCGUAGUGGAUGCUGGGCGCCCGUCCCAAGUGCGGACUUCUUCUGCAAUACUGUAUAUAGUUAUUGCUUAACAAAGGGUUAUGUUAUGUUACAUCAGGUUAUCUGAUGUUUUGUAUUGUUCAUACUGUUAACUGGGUUUGGUUAUCACAAGUUAUACGGUGUGAUUGGUGUGGCUGGUAUGAGUCUUACCCUGGAUUCCAAAAUCCUUUCCUUGUAAUGUUAGCUUGUCCGGGCACAGUUUCCUUAACUGAGGUCUGGAGGAUGGACAUAGAGGGAGGAGCCAGUGAACACCAGUAGACCUAAUUCUUUUCUAGAGUGCCCUAUCUCCUGCGGAGCCAGUCUAUUCCCUAUGGUCCUUACGGAGUCCCCAGCAUCCACUACGGACUACGAGAAAUAGAUUUACCGGUGAGUAAAAUCUCCUUUUUUGCUAUGUGUGUUUAGCUGUUUGUGUGUUUUGUCAUAUGUGUGUAUGUAUGUUUUGCUAUAUGUUUGUCUUUUACUAUGUGAGUGUAUAUACAGGGCCGGCCUGACCAUUACAUCGCGGAGAGUACCAUAUGUGGAGGGUGCUGCUGCUGCCUUCUCAUGUCCUCCCGAGGUGUGCUCGCACACCUGCUGCACUGCUUAAAGAGAGAGCCUGGAUCACAGUGUGAGUGUAUGUUGCUUGGUUGUUAUGGUGACGGGGAGUGGAUGAUGACGUCAUACGUGGGCGCCGUCUUCUGUCUUCCGGAACCAGCCGAAUCCACGUGGUGCGGUGAGGGGAUU